GAAGUCCAGACACACACAGGACUCGGAGCUCAGCCUCACUUUACUCUGUUAUACUGACACAAACCCCACAGACGCUCAGGACACUGUGUGUGACAGUAAUCACACCUUGAAUCAGGAUGAAUCUACUGAUCAAACCUCCACAGAGUCUCUGGAUUCUGUCUGUAACGCUGGAGAACAGCAGAUCCUGAACACCAGACCACUCAACAUGUGUUCUGUCACACUGUUGGAGAUGAGAAGAGAAACCACAGCAGAGGAAGAUCUGACUGAUGAAGAUGAUUUUAUUCUUUCAGAUGAGAGCGGUGAUUCAUGUUGUGAUGGAGAAACGGCCUCUACAUCAAAACAGCGACUGACAGCACAAACUCUUUCCUGCAUCACCUGUGGAAAGACAUUCAGUUCACAGAGACGUUUAGAGACACAUGAGAGAAAACACACAGAACAGAAACUCUUCACCUGCACCAGAUGUGACAUCAGCUUUCCUACCUUACAAGAGAAGAUACUUCAUUCACAAGAGCACAGAGACCAGAAACACUUUCACUGUCAGCAGUGUGGGAGAGCUUGUGUCUCGUCUUCUAGUCUGAACGCUCACAUGAGGACACACACUGGAGAAAAACCUUUCCACUGCAGUCAAUGUGACAAAUAUUUCAGCAUCAAAGGAAAUCUUGUUAGUCAUCAGAAAACUCACACAGGCGAAAAAACGCACACGUGUCCUCACUGUGACAGGAGAUUCCAACGUCAAACCAAUCUGAAGAAACACACGUGUUCACACAAUGAGACACUGUAUCAGUGCAGUGAAUGUGGACAAGUCUUUAGGUAUUUAGGUUCUUUGAAGAAACACCAAAAAACACACUUAGAAAAAGUCUAUCAAUGUUCACACUGCGAUAAACGUUUCCAUCAUAAAUUUAAUCUAAUAAUUCAUGAGAGAACUCACACUGGAGAGAAACCUUACCUCUGCUCUCACUGUGGAAAGAGCUUUGCUCAUCCAAGCAUUUUCAAAGUUCAUCAGAGAGUUCACUCUGGAGAGAAACCUCAUCACUGCAGUGUUUGUGGGAAGAGUUUCAGUCGACAUGACAAUUUAGUGACCCACAAGAGAACUCACACAGGAGAAAGACCUUACAAAUGUUCUCAGUGUGACAAGACGUUUACUCAAAGAAUUCUCCUGAGAAUCCAUCAGAAAGUUCACGCAGGAGAGAAACCCGCCAGUGAAUCUGUGGGUACAGAUUUACUUAAUUGAGUGGUUUUCAAACUCACCAGAAGAAACCUGUAAAAAAGACUUUGUUCAGAUGAAGCAAAAACAUCAGCCAAAAGUCAUAACGGCAUAAAAACAAAAACAAUUCACAUUUCAUUGCACGUUUUGUUUUCUCUUUACUGUAUAAACAGCAGGUCUUUAUAUCUCUAGAUACUUAGAUUAGAUUUAAAGAAAAAAAUCAGAUUAUCAUAACAGUUGAUGGACUCCAGCAGAUCGUCGCUUUUGAAUUAAAAGGUUCUAUCUGAGAUUAUUCACAUAUUCUUAUUAGCAUUAGGUGAUGUUGUGGUCAUUUUGGGACUUUUUUAAAGAAAAAUAAAGGUUUUUCUACAAAGUCAAAUGGAACAUAAAAACUUUGAAGGUUCUGAGCAGUUUUGAAACAAGGCAAAAAUGCUCAGAACGCAGAUAGAACCUUACCAUUCCAAGGUGACAGGAUGUUAAUACCGAACACACAGUAACACACCAGUCGUUGACUGGAUCAUUCAUGACAGUUUAAUAAUAAUGACUCUGUUUUGCAUUUUUACUACACUUCUCAUUAUGUAAUACUAGUCAGUGAUAUAAAUCACAGUCUUCAUC